AUGUCGUUUCCUAAUACCUACACGCACCGCAAGGUGGCCGAGACCAAGGCCAAGUCAUGCGACAUUUGCUUCAAGAUUAGUUCCAGCGUGUUGAUCACCCCCGACAACAAGGUUCGCCCAAUUGCCCUGCCCGACACCUCUCUCGAGCCAACAUGGACACGGUCUGACAACCUGCAGGACUGGUUUUACGUCUGUCCCGCACAUCUAAAAGACACUGGCUUCUGUACGCCCAAGAUCGACCAGGCAGCCAUCGAGGCCCGCAAGAAGCGCGAGCUGGACGAGGAGAUCGAGCGAGUGAAGAAGGAAUACGAGGAGAAACAGAAGAAAAAGAAGGAGAAGGACGAGAAGGGAAACAACAAGCACGAUAAAAAAGACGAGAAGAAGGAUGACACGAAGGAUGGAACAGGCGAAGACAAACAAAGCACACAGGACAAGUCCGAAUCGGUCAGCGACUCCAACCCCCCUAUCGCCCUCGUCCCCUGUGGCUAA